ACAGCGUACCGAAUUUCAGCUGUUUCUAAAUCCGGAACCGUUAUUCUGUUGCAAACGUUCCCGCACGGAAAACUGUGCCAAGUGCACGAACUAAAGAAGAACGAAGGAAAUAAAACAAAAAACCCAGUGAAAGCCAUUAUGGCAGAGACACAUAGUUUGCAUCCCAUUAGACAACAGGCUGCAAUUGUAGCAAAAGUCUUCAUCCAGAGGGAUUAUACCAAUGGCACUGUGUGCCAGUUUCAAACCAAAUUCCCUUCUGAACUGGAGACUAGGGUGGACAAACAGCAGUUUGAGGAGACUGUGCGGACUCUAAAUAACCUGUAUGCCGAAGCAGAGAAACUUGGAAGCCACUCGUAUAUUGAGGGUUGUCUUGCCUGCCUCACAGCAUAUACGGUGUUCUUGUGUAUGGAGACACAUUAUGAGAAGGUUUUAAAAAAGAUUGCAAAGUAUGUGCAGGAGCAGAAUGACAAGAUCUACAUACCCAGAGGCCUCUUGCUCACCGACCCCAUCGAGAGAGGCCUUCGAGUCAUUGAGGUUACUAUCUUUGAAGAGAGAAGCCUGGCUAGAUAGACGUUUCCAAGGAGCUGCUAGUUUGGGCAGAGCCAGCCUCCGUAUCAGAGUGAGCAGCAACCUUCGCCACACCCUCCCAAAAAGAUCUCACACAACUGUGCUCCACCGCAUCUCAAAAAUCUGUUCCGUCAUUCACAUGCAGCCCUCAAAGCCUAAAUCAUAUAUUACAAUAUUUGCUCGAGUUUCGCAGUCAGCGGCACUGAACAGCCCAGCUAGCUAACGCAUCCCACUAUUAUAGUAUUGCCGAGUUUGCACUAAAUCUCUUCAAGUCUUGACAAAUUAGCUUUUGUCUGGUUUUGACAAGAAUUGUGAAAUGAUGGAUCCUAUUUGAAAAAUGCAGCCAAAACCAAAACACAACUGGACUUCUUUUUUUCCCCCAUGACUCAGGAACUCGAUCCAUUUUGUUUUGUUGAACAUUUUUAUUUUUACUUUUUUGUAAUCUCUCCAAGGAUAACUGACAUGCUGAUUUUUGUCAGACUCAGACAUUCCAAUCACACUGCCAGAGGUUAUUGUCUUGUUUUCUUUUUAUGCCUUGACUUAAGUUGUAGCUCUCUGCACAUGCAGCGUCUGUGCGCUGUUCCUAGUAUGCAUCAAAUGUUAAAGCUCUUAUCUUUCUGAUACUGUGCCUUGCAGCAGUAUCUGACAAGCAUCAUUUGUUUACUUUGUCAGAAAACUUAAUGUAAAGUGUUUGAUGUCAUUGCCUGAUUGCCAUUAUUAUUAUACAAUAGGUCAGGGUGAGCUGUAGGCAAAAGCCACAUAAUUCUUUUUUUUGGUGGGAUUUGUCUCCCCCCCCCCCCCCCCGUAACAGUCUUAUCAAUCAUCUUGACUGUUUUUUGGCAAUGGAAAGCUGCACCAAAAAGCCAAGCGUUGAAGUUACUGAAGUUAAGUUAAACAUAUUAGAUCACCUUCCAAUGUAAGGUUUGUGUCACUGCUGUCAUAAAUUAACACUGAUAAUGAUGAAAAUAUUUUGUUGUUGUUGUUGAAUGAGAAAUCAAGAGUCAUGUGUUUUUCAACCAUUUGAACCAUUCUUCAUGUGACAAACCAGAUUAAGCCGCAUUUUCAGUAUUUUUUUUUUUUUUUUUUUUUUGCUACAUGUAGUUGCAGUAGAUUCUCAGAAAACCAACAAGCCCCACCAUUCAUAUUAAUCAUUCCUAAGGCUGUGCAACUGGGCAAUUUGUUGAAAAGGGUGUGUUUAAAAAAAAGAAGUCUGCCGUUGAUUUUUAAAAACUCAAAUCUAUUUUGUUCAAACUAUUUUGUUUCUAGGAUUUACCAAUCCUUUGAAUAACCAAACUAAUAUUUUUUUUUGUAUGGUCACAUUUUUCUUAUAACUGCUUCACAUCUGUGUGCCAUGGAGUCAACCAACUUGUGGCACCUUUCAGCUGUUAUUCCACUCCAAAAUUCAAUUUCUUGGUUUUUCUUCAAAAACAGCAUUUUUGAUGUCAUCCCACAAGAUCUCGAUUGGAUCUGGGGAUUAGGCUGGCUGCUCCAAGACAUUAUCUUUGUUGUUUUGGAACCAAGGCUUUACAUGUUUACUAAUGUCUUUGGAGUCAUUGUCUUGUUGCAAUACCCACUUCAAGGGCGUAUCCUCUUCAGCAUAAGGCAACAUCACCUCUUUGAGUAUUUUGACAUAAGCAAAAACCAAUCCAUGAUCCCUGGUAUGUGAUACAUAGGCCCAACAACAUGCCCAAAUCAUGAUGUUUGCACCACCAUGCUUCACUGUCAUCACUGUGUACUGUGUCUUGAAUUCGUUUUCUGCAACGUGUCACUGGUUUUGCUCUCCAUUUUAAAGCGUUAAUUUUAGCUGAACAGCCUAUACAUUUUUGCACCUCUUUAUAAGGUUUCCCCUUUCCAAUAAAACUUUUAAUCAAAGUACUCUGUUCUUCUGAACAACGUGAUGAAGGCUUUCAAGGACAAAUGCAUGUUCAACAGGUACUUCAUCCUCAAUUAGGGCCCACAUGAUUCACACCCGUUUUUCACAAAAUUCAUAACCUCACCGCAUGAAUGCCACACUUUUUUUAACACACCCCUUUCAACAAAUUGCCCAAUUUCACAACCUUAUGUUGUGUGUACUGUAAUAUCAUGAAUGUUGGGUCUUGUUGGUUUUCUGAGAAUCUACUGCACCUACAGGUGUUUGACAUGUAGCAAUAAAAAAUUUAUGAAAACGUGAAUCUAGGUAGUCACAUUGGACUGCUAUUAUUUUGAACACUACUGUAGAAAGGUACAUUCAAUUUGAAAUUCAGAUUAAAAACAGUAAAAGAGUAAGUCUAAAUAAAAUUUAACACUAAUCUAAAUGUUUUAUGACAUCCAUUUUUGGUAUUUUUCAAGUACUUUCUGAACAGUAUAUUAUAUAAAAAUAAAUAUUGGGCAGAAAUUUAGAUUUAGUUUGACCUCAUUUAACUGAUGUUUGGUGAAGAAGCCGUGCACCUUAUUGUGGAAGUCCAGUAUUUUCCCAAAUUAAAGAUUUAUUAUACUGAAUAAAAUGUAUACAUACUAUGUUUCAAAUUUUUUUUUUUUGUAUUUAAUUAAUGAAAUAUGUCUUGCAUAACUGAGUGAUGUGACAAGAUUCAGUUUCUGGUGUUUCGGGGAAAUGACAGUUGGUAAGCGGUCUAUUUUAUAACAUAGCUUAUCACACGACGUUAGUAGUCAGAGAUGAUCUCUUGCCUAAUUUCUCAUUUGCUGCCGUAACUAACCAACCUGUGUUGUUAUUUUGUUUUCAACAUGAAUGCUGAAGAAGACCACGUGACAUAGCAAGUCCACAUGAAUUCCAUAAUUUUACAAUGAUGUUUCAAAUUCCAAAUGUUAGGGAAAUUUUGGAAGACUGACUCAUCUUAUUCCACCCUUUCUUUUGUAUUUUCUGGCCAAGUGCAUUCUGUAUCACAACUCACCAUCAAUGACACUUGUGCUUUUAUGUAUUUGUUUUGAUUUUGUUUUGUUGAACAUUUUUAUUUUUAAUUUUUUGUCAUCUCUCCAAGGAUACCUGACAUGGUGAUUUUUGUCAGACUCAGAUAUUCCAAUCACACUGCCAUAGUUUUUUUUUUGUCUUAAUGUUUUCUUUUUAUGCCUUGACUUAAGUCGUAGCUAUGACAGUUGGUAAGCGGACUUUCACUUGUAUCGUGUUUG